UCUGUUUCCUGUGUCUCACUUCAGGGGCUGCAUCAGGUCGCACUGCACAGACGCAGGAGACGUCACUUCCUCAAGCCCCACUCGCCCCACUUAACAAAGUUAAGUCUGACACAGAAAAAGGGACCAAUGGCCGGCCAGCCGGGGUUCGUCUUUGGGAGAAAAAGAAGAAACGACAUUUGGAAAAACUUUCAUUACAUAGAAGUGGAAAAGAAAACGGAAUGUGUUGUGGUAAAAGAUGGGGAGAAAUGCGGCCACAAAAUCACAGGAAAAAACACCACGAACUUUAAGAGACAUCUCAAGGCAUUCCAUAAUGAAAUUGAAAUUCCAGAAAUAGCACCAGUGAAGCAAGUCCCACCCAAGAAGAUGGACAAGCCAACUAGUGCUCAGGAUUUCUUUGCCACAAGGUGGUACAACGACAACUCCCCAGAGCAACUUACCAAAGAGGAAGGGGUAGUGCAGUGGAUAGGCCGCACAGGGCUCCCAGCACGAAUUGUCGAAGAUGUGGAGUUCAUUGCCAUGAUGGCAAAAAUGGACAAAAAGUUCAAAGUGCCAAAAAUACAUAAAAUGUUAAACUUGAUUGACAAAAUGUACAAAGAAGAGAAAGAAAAGAUUAAACAAAACCUGGCCACAGCACGCAGAAUAACUACAGGGUUGGAUAUAUGGACUAAAAAGGGGCUUACACCAUCCUUCCUGGGAGUCAGUGCCUGUUACUUCAACCCUGAGGACAACCAGUCUUAAAAUAACACAUCCAGGAGGUUACAGUUCAUGUAGUUGCUGUUGAGACUGCUGGUUAUUUGGUUCAGUAGUUGGCAUAAUUCAGUAUUGUUUGUUCUUUUCUGUCAACAAAUUCCACUGUAUGCAGCCAGUGCUUCCCAUCCCAUUAUAUCUCUCUAAGGUCCAAACAAUUUGUAGUGUUAUAUCUUUUAAUAGUUUUUAUGAUGCAAAAUUUGACUUCA